GCCGUCUCCCUGGUUACUAGCGUCGGUGUCUUCCACUGACAAAGUUUAUUUUGUGUUUGUAGAAAAGAUGCUCUGGACACUUUUUUCUUGGGUGAUUAAACAUAAAACCGCUGGAAACAUGUCGUGACGUUGCCCGGAGCAAUGACUUCCCGUGGAAAGCUGUCAACUAGAAAAAAAGGAAAAUAUUGCUGUGAUUAGGGGCUAACGUUAGCUAAGCUAGCUACAGUAGCACUGCCCUGUAUGGAAAACAACGCAGUGUUUUUGUUAGCGGUUCUGUCACGGUGUUAAAACUCAACUGCUUAGAAAGUUAACGAAACGGUCUGAAAAUGUGCUCCAACGACGUCACUUACAUCCUCGAUCUGGAGGAGCAGGUGAAGAAUUUGUCAAAGGAGUUAGUAGAAUGCCAGGCAGACAAGGAGUUUGUGUGGUCCCUGUGGAAACGUCUGCAAGUGUCAAAUCCGGACUUGACCGAGGCCGUGAGCCUGGUGGUUGAGCGUGAGAAGCGCAAAGCUGAGGCUAAAGACAGCAAGGUGUUGGAGAUCCUCCAGUGUAAAGACCACAGGAUACAAGAGCUGGAACAGACGGUGACAGAGCAGCAGCAGGAGAUGAACAAGAUGGCACAGAGCAGGACGACGGUGGAGGAGGAGAGGGAUUUAAUGAAGAGGGAGCUGACAGCUCUGCGUGAACAACUGGUCAAUAAGAGUCAGGAACUUCAGGAAACGGAGACGGAGCGUAGGAGGAGAGCGGAGGAGGAGCGGCAGGUGGUACGGGCUCUGGAGGAGGAGAAAGAGGGAUUAACGUCCCGCUGCGCCGCCCUGCGAGCUGACCUGGAGGAGAGGCAGAGGCAGGCCGACAGCCAACGAGACCAGAGGGAUGCUGCACAGGCCAGAUUAAAGGGUCUGGAGGAGGAACUGCACAACGCCUGGCAGCAGCUGUCUGCCGCCCAGAGCCGCAGUAGCAGUCUAGCAGCUGAGCUUUCUUCCAAAGAGCAGGCGGUAGCAGCAAAAGAGGAGCAACUCGAUCAACUUCGUCGUGAGUUUGCGGAAGUGCAGACUCUGUACAGGCAGAGCACGGAGCAUGCGGCGGAGCAGAGCCACCUGAUCAAGCAACUGGAAGGACUCAACCUAGACACACAGCGAGUCCUGAGGAACCAAGAAGAGGCUCAUUCUGCUGACACCACCUCCUAUCAGCGGCUCUACCAGGAGUUGAGUCAGUGCUACCAGACUCUCAUGUCUGGUGAGGCCAAGCUCCGUCAGAGUCACCAGGAGCUCAGCAACCAGUUGACUCAGAAAGACCAACGCAUUUCAGAACUCCAGGCCCAGCUGCAACAACAGCAGGAACAAAUCCAACUCCAGCAACAACAGCAGCAACAAAUCCAUCUUCAGCAACAACAGCAGCAACAAAUCCAACUUCUGCAACAAAUCCAGCUUCAGCAACAACAGCAGCAACGUGCUCAGCAGGCAAUUAAUCCCUCACCAAACAGACAAACCAACUUUAAGGCUGUGGGAUCAGACCAGGCAGAUGUGGCAGCGCAGAGACCUAGCCCUCACUCGGACCAGGCCUCCUCUCGAAGUUCAGAUCCUAAGCCAGAGGACCAGAGUCUCCACCGCAGGUCCACCGGCUCUGUCAGUAGACAGCAGGGUGCACCUGUGCAGAGGUCCAGGUCUCUGUCCCCAGCCAGCAGUGUGGGGAUGGGAAGUGGGAGGAUGAAAGCAGCAGAACAGAAAAUGCAAGACCUCGCGGAGCUACUGCAAUUGAAGAUCGAGGAGAAUGAGGAGCUGAGAAAGGCUCAUGAUAAACGCCGGGACCGCCUGUCUUUGAUUCAGGCCAGCUACAAAACCGUCAGAGAUCAGCUGAAAGAGGUGGAGAAAUCGAAUGGCGCGUCAAACGGAAGGACGCAGCGCGCAGCGUCGUGGCAGCUACGACAAGAGAACAGCGAUGCGGUGUGGAAUGAGUUGGCCUACUUGAAGAACCUCACCAGGAAACUGUCCCUUGAAAAAGCUGGCCUGGAAGAGGAGCUGGACAUGCUGAGAGUCCAGGCAGCUAUGGACCGAGCCACAGUGAAGGAGCUCCAUCUGUGUCUUGCUAACGAACACCAAGAAUUGCUUCACAAAAUGGUUGAGGAGCACCAGGUCAAAAGCAGCACUCCGAAAAAGCCUUCUCUUUCUUCUGGCCGAAUGGAACAGUCAUUUAAAAAGAUUGAGCAGCUGGAGCGGAGGAUGAUGUCCCUAGAGGAGCAGACAGAGAGGCUGAGGGGAGAGAAAGAGCAGCUACUUGAGGCCAACGCACACUUGGCUCUCGACUGCCGCAGACUCCAAGCCACCGUGGAUCAUCUGCGGACCCAGGAAGCUGAGCGCGAGGAAGCAGCCUGCGCCCAGGCCCUGGCCCAGGGGGAGCGACACCGCGUCGAAAUCGCGGCUCUGGAAGGCCGGCUGGCGGCGUCUCAGAAGGAGGCGACGAAGCUGCAUCAUCAGCUGCUGAAGCUCAGGCAGGACCUGGGGAUUCUCAGAGCCGCCAGGGACUUUUAUAGGAAUCGGGCAGCGGCACGUACGCGGGCAAGCGGGAUCGCUAACAACAUUAGCGGCAAGGUCAAAUUCAAAACAACCAGGCGCAUGGGUCUGCCGCGCCAGCACAGCCACCGAACGCUCAGCCCCAAUCAAGCCAUCAGCUGGCAAGGCCGCAGCCCCAGUCCCACUAAGGACGAGUGGGAGGACAUGAGCAUAGACAGCGACAGUGGUGAGGAAUACUCGGACAGUCUCAACAGCGCGCCCUCUGGGACAGCACCUUACAGACUGCAUGCUAAGAGAAAGUCCUACAGGUGCUCACCGAUCUCAAACACGGAAGCGGCAAAAUCUAACAGAAGACAACCUGAUGUUCUGGCCCAAGACGAUAAACAGCGUGAGCCCUGGGAACGAGGGACAAGAGGAGAGAAAAGGAGGCGGAAGAGGAAGAGGAUGCUGAUGAAGGCCCAGCGCUGCUCCUCCUCCUCCUCGUCUCUGCAGCAGCAGCGCGUUGAGUCUCUACAGCGUCACGUCGACAUACUGCGAAGUGCCAGGAAAGAUGCUGUGAUUUCAGCAAGAGAUCUGCGAAAGGCCAACGAGAUGAUCACUGCACAGCUCAACUCCCUCUCGGAGAAGCUCUGCAGCAGCAAGCAGCUCACUCAGAAGCUGACCUCUGACCUGGCCGGUGUGGAGCAGCAGAAAAAGGUUUUGGAGAUGGAGCUGGAGCAGUGGAGGCAGAUAAAGUUCCCAGCGCAAACUGCACCACCACCACCACCACCACCACCACCAGCACCAGUAAAUCCAGAGUGCUCCUGCCAGGCCCUCGAGGCUGAAGUCAAACAACUACAAGCGAAAGUUAAGAGUGCAAGUGCAGAGGUCACAAGACAGGUGGCGGCGAACAAAGCUCUGCGAGGCCAGCUCCAGGAGAAGGAGGACAAGCUCUGCCAGCUGCAGGACAAGGCGAGCCACACAGAGCGAGAUGUGAACAUGAAAAGGCAUCUGGUGGAGGACCUGAAGACAAGGCUGAAGUUCCUGCAGGAGAUGGAGAAAAGUUACAGGGGGCAGGUGGAGGAGCUAGAAAAGAAGGUGAAGACUUUAUCAGAGGAGGCCAGCAACAGGAAAGCCCUCGUUGAGUCUCUUAAGAGAAGGCUGAAUGUGGCUACAACUGAGAAAACCCAAUAUCAAGCCUCCUGCACAAAACUGAAAGAGGACCUGGAAAAAAAGGAGCAGCGCAUGCACGCCCUACAGGCUCGUUUGGGAGCCAGCGAACAGGCUCUGGCUGCACUGGAACAGACAGCCACUGAGCAAAUGGAGGGGUUGACCCAGCAGAGCUCCCAUGCCUUGGAAAGGCUUCAGAGACAGCUAGGCCAGGCCUAUUCCCAGCUGGAGCAGCUUCAUUCUUUUAUUAAGGCUCUGGCCAGCGAAAUACUCUUAGACGUUCAAGAGGUCAAGCAGCAGUUGAUGAAGAGGAGGAGGUUGAGGCAGGCCAACUCUGUGGCGGCAAAGGGCGGCCUCUCAGCCAAGUCCAUGAUCAAAGCCAAGUCCAUUGCUGCCUCCAUCCUCAAUAUGUCAGAGAAUGAUCUCGCGGACAUAAUGGAAACUGAUCAGGCGAUCGCAACCUGCCCAGAGGGUGCCAGAGACCAGGAGUGGCUGGAACACCUCAACCACAUUCUCCAGCAGAAGAUCCCCUCUGCCGGCCAGCUAAUGGAGGCUGUGCGCGUGAAGAUGAAGGAGAGGAAAGUGCUGACAGAAGAGCUGGCCACGCUCGCAACACCAGUCAGCGAAAAAGCCUGACUCCCUGGGCUGAGGCUGGGAAAACUGUCAUCCUCUUCUUUUUCCUCCCUCCCUUUCUCCUCUCCCUCCCCAGUUCCUGCUCAGUGGGAGCCGGGCUGAGCCAAGCUGAGCCGGGGCAGCAGAACCAAUAUUUGUGAGAAAAAGCGCUGUCGACUCACUCUGGGCCACUGGCUCAACGCAGCAGCCCCGGCUUUUGUAAAUGAGCCCUCGACAUCUGUGUUAGCGCUCACCGCACUACGUCUAUCAGACAGGGCCCUUCAGUGCCAAGCUAAUUUACAGUACAGCCACUCUGCUCCACAGUCGACGCAGGCCCGGGGUGAUAAGGCAAGUGCUUACUCUAAUGUUUAAGUUACACUUUUUUCAAAAAAAAAAAAACUUUUUUUCUUUACCUUUCUCCCUAAUUUAUUUGGCGCCUCGAGGACCUUAGGGUGCAGGGACUUGACCUGCCAAUGCAAGGUCGACACUUUGAGAAAGUCCAGUGCAGCACAGAAUAUUCACUGAAGGAGGUUAGAUCCAUUUAGCAAACGUCAUAGUACAGUGUCUUGUGAGAGCCCGUCCAGUGAUAAAUGAUUCUGUUUCAUUUAUCAUAUAUUUAUUUUUAAAGGAUAUUAACUUUGUUUUGGGGUGAUUGCUCUUUAUUUGUUGUUUUUUUUUUAAUAAAAAACCACAUUGAAGUUC